CCCUCACCCGGAGCUCACCACAGCUUCCUGCCGCAGGCGGGCAGGCAGGCGCUGAGGAGAGGCGGGCGCCGAGCCCAAGGGCAGGUAGGCCUGGGUGCAGGGUCCAUGCAGGGGUGGCCGGUGCCCCACACUCCAGCCCACGCCCUGGCCCAACUGCUCCGGAAUAAAGGGUCUUCCAGAGCCAGCACUGACCCCCACUCAGCCCAACGAGGGGAAGGGGUCAGGGAGCCCGCAAGGAGGGCGAGGCUGCCACCCACCAGGCUUGUAGCCUGGUGCCGCCGGGUCUGUUCCCUCCGCUGGCCCAGCCCGUGCUUUGGGGCAGCUCUGUCCUGGAGGGGCGCGCAGCGAGCAGUCUGGCCUGGUCCAAGCUCUGUCCUGCAGGUAGAUGGAGGUGGCCAUCCUGCUCUCCCUCGUGCUGGGCCUGCUGCUGCUGCCGCUCUUGGCCGUUUUGCUGACGGCACUCUGUGUGCGUUGCCGGGAGCUGCAAGACUCACAUGGCAGUGCCGACCCCAACAGUGGGAUCCCACGCAGCAUCGUGAUCAAACGGCCUCCCAUGAUAGCUCCCUGGCCACCAGCUACUUCCUAUCCGCCUGUUACCUCCUGUCUAUCCUUGAGCCAGCCAGACCUGCUCCCCAUCCCGCGGUCCCCACAGCCCCCAGGGGGCUCCCACCAAGUGCCAUCUUCCCGGCAGGACUCCGAUGGCGCCAACAGCGUGGCGAGCUAUGAGAACGAGGAGCCAGUCUGUGAGGACGAGGACGAAGAUGAGGACGAGGAGGACUACCACACCGAGGGCUACCUGGAGGUGCUUCCCGACACCGUCCCGGCCGCCUGCAGCGCCGUCCCAGCAGCGCCCGUGCCCAGCGGCGCCGGCCUCCGAGACAGCGCCUUCUCCAUGGAGUCGGGGGAGGAUUACGUGAACGUUCCUGAAAGCGAGGAGAGCGCGGACGCAUCGCUGGAUGGGAGCCGGGAGUAUGUGAAUGUGUCCCAGGAGCUGCAGCCCACGGCCAAGACCGAGCCUGCCAUCUUGAGCUCCCAGGAGGCAGAGGAAGAGGAGGAAGAGGGCGCCCCAGAUUAUGAGAAUCUGUAGGAGCUUCACCGAGGGCCUGCAUGAGGCCUGCACGCCCUGGAGUCUGCCUUGCCCGGGAUGGCUGAGCUGGGCAGCUGGCAGUGGCUCUGGGGGGCCCACUUGGCACCCCAGCCCAGCUCCAGCCUGACAAGAGCCUGAGAAUUUUCCUCCUAACUUAUUGUCACUUUGGGGUCCAGUCUAGGUGUCCCCAAAACUCUGCACCUUCUGACACAGCCUGAGAAUGAAGUGCCUGGACCCCAGCCCUACUCUGUAAUAGAAUAAAGGCUGAUGUGGUCUGUAGUGCUCUUGACUUUGGGGGGUCCAGUGGGUCAAGUCAGGGUGAGGGUGGGCUGUGCCCGAGGCCUGCGUGUGCUCAUGUCUGUGGCCGUCCAUCCUCCGCAGGGCCUGCGUGCUCCUAGCGCCCUGGCCAGGUCCCGCAGGGGUGGCUGUAACGGCCGGACGCAUCUCCUUGCGGGUGCCGCAAGCCUGGCCCAGGCUGGCACCUCUGGGGCCCAGCUGCAUCUCCCCAAGAAGCAACCCCCAGAGACAAUGGCUACGCUAAUGGGGGAGUGGGGCGUGGGGGUGCACUGGGGGGCCUCCGAGCAAGACCCUUUUCUGCCUGCCCCCAGUUUCUUCAUUUGUAAAAGAAGUGGGAGGACUCGAUGACUUUGAAGGGCUGUCUUAGUUUUUACCUUUUGUGGUUCUCAAUAAAACAGAACUUAAAAACUG